AUGGGCGCAUUCGACCAUCUCAAGGUCGGCCAGGUCUCUCAUGGCUACUAUGGUAACCACACCUCGACCAUCGACUGGUGUGAGCAGAACUAUACCCACACGCCCUACAUUGCCGAGUUCUACAAUGCGCUCACCAAUUUUCCUACCAUCUUCAUGGGAUUGUAUGGGUGCUAUAUGAGUCUGAGGGGCGGGCUGAGGAGACGGCACGCCAUGGCCUAUUUAGGUUUGACGGGUAUUGGAUUGGGCAGCUUCGGGUUUCACUCGACGCUGAAGUGGGAGUGGCAGCUCCUUGAUGAGCUUCCGAUGAUCUACCUCGUCUCAUACUGUGCCUAUCUCGUGAUUGACACUCUGCCAGAGUUCAGACCGCGCUUUGGCCUCCUCGGCCCGCUUGUGCUCGUAGCAUGGGACAUCUUCGUUACUCUCUCCUACAUCUACCUCCCCAAUCCCAUCUACCACCAGCUCGCAUUCGGCUUCAUCCUCCUCUCCUCCGUUACCCAAAACUUCCGCUUCAUCCGCCGCCUCGCCUCUGCGGCGGAUGCCAACCCCGCACAACACGCCAAAGUCGUCAAUACGCUCUUGUCGGGUAUUGCGACGUUUAUUGUGGGAUUCAUCAUCUGGAAUGUGGAUAAUUACUUUUGCGAUGUCUUGAGGAGGGGGCAGGAGCUGCUGGGGCCUCUGGGAUUCAUACUGCAGGGUCAUGGGUAUUGGCACCUCAUGACGGGAUAUGGAUCGUUCUUGAUCAUGACCGCUUCCACCUAUCUUCAAUUGGCCAUAAAGACCUCGCCUGAGCUGUACGACUAUGAUGGUUCAGCAUGGUUCCCUACUGUACAUCGAACGAAGGUGGCCAGCAAGAAUCUAUAG